CUCUUGAACUGGCCACACUGGCGAUCGACGUCGCUGUUAUCGGAGCCAAGUGCCAUAUCUAAGAAAGCGCGAGACGAAAAGAAGAAAAGCAGACGCCGCAGAAAUCCGGCGAAAUAUAUUGGAAUUGCACGCGAACCGAACUAGCUUGACGUCAAACGAAAUGGGCAAGGAAAAGGCGGCUGCGUCCUACAGCAUUGGCGACCUGGUGUUCGCCAAGGUGAAGGGCUAUCCGCCCUGGCCGGCCAAAAUCACCAAGAGCAACAACAACAAGAAGUACAAUGUUUACUUCUACGGCACGGGCGAAACGGCCAAUAUCAAGUUGGAGGAUCUGUUCCCGUACGCCAGCAACAAGGAGCGCUUCGCCACCGAGAAGAUCAUGAAGCGCGCCAAGUUCAUCGAGGCCAUCGAUCAGAUCGAGAGCGCCCUGCGCGGGGAGGACUCGGCGCCCAUCGAUAUGCUAGACGGCGCGGAGCCAGUUGCUCCGCCCGCAACUGGUGCUGGCGUCAAGACGGAGGAGCCCAAGCAGGCGGUGACGGGGCCGGAGCCAGCCACUGCUGAACCAGUCGCAGCACCGCCCGAGAAGCCCAAGAAGAGCGGCACCCGGAAGACCAAGGCACCACCGCGCCAUGUGGACGGCGACAGUGAAGCAGGCGCGGAACUAGCCCCUCCGCCGGCCAAGCGAAGGGUUCCCACCGAGGGUCUGGCUACCGCCGCAGCCAUCCCCGCUUCUCCGGCUGCUGCGGCCCCCACCUCCAGCAAGAAAUCAGUGAAGAAAUCCAAGCCCACGGCUGCAGUAACUCCGAUUCAGAAGCGGUCGCGGCCAGUCAAUAACAUCCGGAACGAGAUGCUCAUGGUGUACAUGCCCACAGCCAAGUGUUUGGGAAUCGUCAUAAACUACAAAAAGCCGGAGAGUUUCGAGAGUGCCGCUGCCGAGGAAGCCUGGAUGGAGAACGCCCGCAAAGAAGCCUUGGAGCUCAAACUGAAACUGGAGAGCGGCCAAAUUAAUCCAGAGUCCAUGCCCGACAGGAUCGUGGUGGAGCCAACGCGCAGCGAAAUACCCAAGCAGGAGGCUUUGCGAUUCAUCGAGGAGCUCAUUGAGCACGAGGAUGCCCUCUUCAUGGAGCGGGACUUCAUCCAACUUUCCCAGCAGCUGCGCGAGUGUUUGGGCCUGCGGCGCGCCAAUGUGGGCAGAUGCUUGGAGAUCCUCGAGCAGUUCAAGGAGGUGGAGUUCACCAAGUUGAUGCUGCUGCGCAAUCCGGAGUGCGUGGACAUAAUGCGCCGACUUCGCCGGUAUGUGGGCAAUCUGGAGCUCUGGAAAAUGGACCUGUCCGACGAGGUGGAGUUCAAGGAGAGGGCGCAGACCAUACGCAAGGUCUCCUCUGGCAUAUACGAUGGCUUCAAGAGCCUCUUCAAUCCGGAGCCCGAGAGCGAGGACAACUUUUGGAUCGACUUCUGCGAAAAGGUAAAAAUCUACAAGACCUAUACGAAAAAUAUCAACGAAAACCUUCGCGUCGGGAUGAACGAGCGCGGAUAUAACAGCCUGGUUGUGGCCAAGGAGGCCGCCGCUUCAGCCGCGUCGUCUCCGCAGUAAAUGAUCGAGGCCCAGUGUUCUGCUGGACCAACUAUAUGAUAAGUUAAUCCUAAGCGUUACAGACCAGGCAACUUAAAGACCGUGCUUUGGAUGACAAAGUUUUGAUGAGCCAAGCGGGCUAUGCUUAAUUCUAGGUUAAAAAUUCAGUUAAAUUCCUUAAUUCUGUUUGCCUGCCAGGAGCAUAUCGUGUUGCGCCGCGUUAAAGGGACUUUUCCUGCUGCAUCCGCUUCUUAUUACCACCCCUAAAUAUUUUCUAAGUUUGUAGAUGAUUUGAAUAAUAAUGAAUUAAAUAUAGAUGGUACAUACAA